AUGGCAUCACCCAAUUCUUCAACUACAUCAGAUGAACAAUUUCGAAAAGUUUUUAUUGGAGGUUUAUCUUACUCUACCACGGAUGAUACAUUAAGAUCAUAUUGUGAGAAAUUUGGAGAUAUUACCGACUGUGUUAUUAUGCGUGAUCGAAGCGGCACAUCGAGAGGAUUUGGCUUUGUCACAUUUCGAGAACGUUCAAUGGUCGAUGAUUUAAUGUCUCAACGUCCUCAUCUGAUCGAUGGACGUCAAACAGAACCAAAAAGAGCUAUGCCCAGAGAUGAAGCAUCUCGUCCAGAAGGCCAGUUAACAGUUAAAAAGAUAUUCAUUGGAGGCGUAAAAGAUAAGAUGGAUGAGGAACAACUGAAAAAUCAUUUUAAUCAAUAUGGGAAUAUUAUCGAUUGUUCGAUCAUGAAAGAUAAAGAUGUUGAUCGAAUUAUAUUAGAUAAACCACAUUCUAUCAACGGAAAAGAAUUGGAUGUUAGAAAGGCAAUCCCACGCGAACAAACACAACGUAACAGCGGAAUAGCAAUGGGAAUGAAUGAUUAUUAUUUUCGUAAUGGUCCAUUUGAUGCUCGUUAUCCAAUGAAUAUGCCUCCUCCGUCUAUGCCCUAUGGUUGUUUACCACCUUCGUAUGCCUUACAAAUGUCUGGCAAACCAAUGCCAUUGAUGGCGUCAAAUGUUGGACAACAAGGUCCGCCACCAUUUUCUUCUGUUAUUCUUCCGCCAGAAUUGGCCAAUUCAGCAUUUUUCCGUCGACAACCUACAUCAUCAACGAAUCAACAAAACGGUGGAAAGAAAAGCAUUAGCGGUGACGAUUCGUCUUAUAUGCCAUACGAUUACUUUCAAAUGAAUCCUAUGGGUCGUGGUGGUGCUACAGCAAUGAACAAUCGAAUGAAUAAUCGAUCAAGGUAUUUUAGUGGUUAUAGAAACGGACGUCAACGACCACGGUCAAAUCGGCGCAGUAAUUCCAAUAAUGAUCCAAAUUCAGAACAACAUCGAAAGCUAUUUAUUGGAGGUUUAUCUUACAAGACAACUGAUGAUUCAUUGAAAAGUUAUGUAGAGAAAUUUGGUCAAAUAAAUGAUUGUGUAGUCAUGAAGGAUAAGAAUAAUUUGUCGCGUGGAUUUGGAUUUGUGACCUAUGCCGAUGUUUCAAUGAUCGAUGAUUUUAUGGCACAACGACCACAUAAUCUAGAUGGACGACAAAUAGAUCCGAAACGUGCAAUGCCCAGAGAAGAAGCAAUGAAUGACGAUGUUCAUUUAACUGUAAAGAAAAUAUUUAUUGGCGGUAUAAGAGAUGGUAUUACGGAAGAUACGUUGAAAGAAUAUUUUGAUAAAUACGGAAAAAUUUGUGAUUGUUUUAUUAUGAAAGAUAAAACAGGAAACACCCGAGGAUUUGGAUUUUUGGAAUUUGAUGACUACGAUUCAGUCGAUCGUAUUAUAUUAGACCGUCCUCACACAAUUGAUCAACGACGAAUUGACGUGAAAAAAGCGGUUCCCAAAGAGCAACGACAGUUACAACAACAACAAGCACAAGCCUUACAAUUACAAGCUGCGGCUGCUUAUCAUUAUCAUUAUGGUGCGUUUGGUGGAUUAAGUGGUGGUGAUAUGUUAUCUGGUCCCGUGAUGAGGACUAACGGCAUUGGAGUUGAUAAUCCAAUGUAUGACGAUGUAUUUGGGUCUUUUGCUGGACUAAAUGGAUCGGCAAUGUACACCAGUAAUGUUCCAAAUUCAGGAGGAAGAUUUGACGGACAACCACCACGAAAUAAUCGUAACAAUACGAACAUGAAUGUCAAUAAUAACAAUAAUAAUAAUAAUAAUAGUUCUCGAGAAAGGCGGCAGAAUCGUCAAUCUCGCGAUAGUCAGUAG